GCUUGUGGCGUCAUACUUCACAUAAUGUCAUCAAAUUCAUCACUUUGACAUGCCCCGCGCCAAUAUGAUGAAGCCAGAGUAAAUGAGAAGAUGCAAAUUCCUACAUCACAGAAGCGCAUCAUACAAUCACAAAUACCUCCUUAAUGCUCAGAAUGUCGAAACGAAUCUCAUUCAAGGUAUCAGGCACUGUUCAGGGAGUAGGAUUCCGGGACUUUACCCAACGCAAAGCCACGAGUUAUGGAUUGACGGGGUUUGUAAAGAACACUUCCGAUGGCCGGGUAACAGGAGAAGCCCAAGGAUCUGAAGACGCUCUGAAGAAGUUGAAAGCCGCGCUCAAUGAUGGCCCUCGAUCUGCCCACGUUGUGAAAGUCGAGGUCAAUGAGAUCGAGUCCAAGAGUGGUGAGAAAUCUUUCGACGCAUGACAUGGUCCCGUCGAAAACAACUCUGCAGUUGCAUACCUAUGUUGCGUAGUAUUCGGUCUCCUCGAGCCGAGUCAUUCAAUUGAUACAGUCGGUCUAGGCCAAAUGGAUUUCUCUUUGCAGCAACGGGACAUUCUUGUCAUGACUAUAAUUGUCAGCCCUGACAUGGGAAGGUUCAAGUCCUCGUUUAAGGGAGAGUCAAAGAUGGAUCUGUUUCCUUUCACUGGGUUCUCAAACUCUUGCUAGAAUUUCAUUGGCAUCUCUUCUCUAGCGCACAGUCUGCGCCAAUUCCCAUAGCGGAACCCCGUACUUUUGCAUUGACAGUCGCCGGUAUGAAAAAGAUAUGAGGGAAAUAACGACAAUAAUAGCAUCGAGAAGAG